CUUCAAGUUCGCCUGGGAGCUUCCGGUGAGAGGAGAAGGUGCCAGGGAGGCCAGGUCGACGACGCUCCAGGAGAUCCGUGAGGCGGCCGAGAGCGUGUACGAGAGGUCGCAUCUUUUUUUUGCGAGGUAAAACGUUUUGAAAAACCAAAUCGAUGUAGGAAAGCUUACACUCGAGACACUGCAAGGAGACGGAAAUAGAGGACGAGCGUAUGCGAAAGUACCGUAUGCUUUUAGUGAAACGCGCUGAAAUAUCCUUUUACAGUCACGGCUUCAACGGUAAGAUGUGCCUUCUGAAGAGCCUCUGCCAGGCGAUUGACUACCUCGCGGAGAAGGACGGCGUCCUGAUGAAAGUACUCCACCUGCUGUCCGGGUCACGCAGCGAAAACGGAACGUCACUCCUGGAUCCACUCGUCUGCGGCAAUUACGCCAAUCAUUGCCCCCUGCAUUUGAUCGGGUUCAACGCGUUUACGGAGCACUGACUGCUGCUGCUCCACUCUCUCUCUCUCUCUCUCUCUCUCUCUCUCUCUCUCUCUACCUAUAUCUGUUACAUACAUUAAGGCUCGAAAAUACUCAGCAACCUGUACGAUAGGAAAUAAAGCAGACUUAUAGCUUUUUUGCAAUCUCUCUUACAAUCUUUUGAAAAAGCCCGCGCAAAGAGCGAUAAGAAAAGGCAACCGAGUAGUGAAUUAAGCAUCAGCUCCGCGUAAACCCGGCAAAUCCUCGCGAGCGGUAGAUUGCGGGCUCGUAAUGCGCCCACCCCAUGCGCCGAAAGUCUCGGCUUCCGCGCGCGCGCGCGAGCUUGUUUGCGCCGUACGGCUAUACGCAUAGCUCUGAGCGCGCGUGUUUGCCGAGCAAGUUAUACACCAGCUCCGGAAAAAUACAUGCCGUUACGGCUGCAAGUAUAAAGCGAGACGUGUGUGUGUGGCACAAGAAGUCGCGGAGUCUAUAGGAUGGAUUUGCUCAAGUUGCUGCUGCCACUGGGAUGCGUCCUGGUCCUCGUGUUCCGAAGCGACGCGGGGGCGUCGGGAGAGCUGAAGAGGCGGAAGAGAUACCUCAUCUUCCCGCAGGGUAGCAACGUCCAGCUGGUUUACUGUCUGACGAUCGGAGCUUACGCGCGCGACGGAGAUUUAGUCUUAGGACUGACGGCAGCUCUCGCCUGGGAAUUGCCGAGCAAAGCCGAGGCGAAACUGACGGGGCUGCUACAUCGGCGCAGCCGCGCCGUUCUCUAUCCCAAGAUCGAGGCCCUUCUCCACUCAACAGGUCUCGACGGCAGGUCCUGCGUGAUGAGAGCCCUCUGCGAGGCCGGGCGAAGGAGCGCAUCGGAAAUUGGAAGUGGCACCUUCCUCCAAGAGCUUCUUCAUGCCGUUUUCACAUUGCCAGAGGACGGCAGCACUUUCGACAACGAGGAUUGCCGGCAGUACGAUAACGCGCACAGCGGCAGCGGCAGCGAGUGCGCCGAACUUUAUCCAUCCUGCGAGCAUUCCAUUUACAGCCUGGAUUUUUAAAGAAAAGCCAUUGUGUGUCCUCUCUCUCUCUCUCUCUCUCUGCUCCCGAGCGACAAAAAUGGAUGAAAAGUGCAAGAUAUCCAAACUCCUCAAGGCCGCGCGCGUCUCUUUCACCUCGGCUCU